AUGAAAGAAUUUUCUGAAAUUUUAAGUUGAAAGUAUUCAUCCAUUAGAAAAAAAUAUUUAGACAAAGAUUCAUUAAUCAAAUACAGCAAAUCUAGGGGAAAAUGAAGAAAAAAAGAUUUUAAAAGAAAUCUCAUAAUCUCAGCUGAAAUACAAAUAAAAUUAAAAAUGGAAGGAGUCAGCCUAACACACCAAAUUCUUGAAUCUUUUCAUGCAGGAAAAAUCAUCCGAGAUAACUACGAAGCGAUCAAUUCUCUUGAUUUUUCUAAUGAUUCCACUCAGCUAAUAACAGCUUCAAACGACGAUACCAUGGUCAUCUACAACAUACAAGGCGGCUCCAAAGAAAGACUUCUUUUCAACCCGGCUUAUGGAGUCGAAAAUAUUAAAUUCACUCAUGACCCUUCCACAUUUAUCUCCUCUAAUCGCAAAGGCAAAGAAAACGUAAUAUUGCACUGAAACAGCUAUGAUAAUAAAGCAAUUUAUGUCUUCCGCGGUCACAGAGACAAAAUCCUCAGUCUCGAAAUGAAUCCUUCCAGUGACAAUUUUAUCAGCUACAGUGCUAACCACGAGCUUCUAAUAUGAGACUUAAGAGAGCCUAGCUGGAUUGGCCAAUAUGAUGCAUAUAACUCAACUGGAAGUGGAGCUUGCACUUAUGAUCCUUCAGGCAGUAUAAUUGCAAUAGCUCAUCCAAUAGGGCAUGCAAGAAAUAGAAAUGAAGUUAGCUUGAUUGACCCAAGAAACCUAAAAGAAUGCUAUAUGACAUGGGAAAUUGCAAGUCCUGUCAUUCAGCAAAUACAGUUUAGCAAUGAUGGGAGGUAUUUUUUGGGGUACACAGAAGACAGCUCCGUUAUGAUUCUAGAUGCGUUCCAAGGAUCGAAAAUUAGUGAAAUUGUGGGAGGUGGAAAUGGGAGGAGCAUGGCUUGCUUUAGUGGGGAUAGCCAAUAUAUUGCAGUUGGGAAUGAAAAUAGUAAUUCUGUUCUGAUCGCUGAUUGUUUGAAAGGGGAAAUUGUAAAAGAGCUUCGUGGACAGCCGAGGGUGCCAGGUGUAGUUGCGUGGAAUCCAGAGUAUGCACUAAUAGUAAGUGCGUGCCAGAAUCUGCUGAUGUGGGUUCCUGACUACAGUGCAAACUAG